GGUUGUAUGAAAGCAUAUACAAAAAGCUCACAUCUGAAAGCUCACAAAAGAUUACACACGGGCGAGAAACCCUUCAAAUGCCAGUUCGAAAAUUGCGAUUGGAAAUUUGCAAGAUCCGACGAACUAACACGACACAUAAGAAAGCACACAGGGUCUAAGCCAUUUAUGUGCCCUACGUGCUUUCGCUCAUUCGCCAGAACUGAUCACCUGACCUUACAUCAAAAACGUCAUAGGUCGUAA